AUGAGUCACAACGUCAGCAACAAAUUCAGUCCGGACAAGUAUGCAGAUAUCCUUCUUGAUGAAGUCACAAAACAUAUCAAGACGCUUUAUGAUCUGGGAGCAAGAAAAUUUGUAGUUUCGGGCAUUUCACGUUGCCAGCCUCAUAAUUAUACAAAAGACUGCAAAUCAAGAUACUUCGCAGACAAACUUCCUCAAAGGUUGCAAGAGUUACGUUGUACACUCUCCGGUUCACUAUUUACUGUAUACGAUGUCGUCAAUGUGUACAAAAAGAUCACUGAUAAUCCACAAAAAUAUGGGUUCACAAACAUUCAGGAUCCUUGUUACCCGGAAGGUCGAUCUCUCUGUAAAGAUAGGAAAAAGUAUCUCAGAUUUGAUCAAUACAGUCAUGAAACUGAAGCCGCAUAUGAGAUUGCUUCAAAGGAUUGCUUCUAUGGACAAGCUUGUUCUCCUUACAGUAUUUUGGAGCUAGCCAAGGCACCAAUCAUCAGUCACCACUAA